GCAUGUGUACCAUUUCAACGAGCGCUUCGCGAAUUGCCAGCCGCAGGGGCAUCCAGUUAUGAGUGCGUAUGACGGGCUCUUGCGGGAGGUCGCUUGUUAUUAUUCUGCACCGGUGUCGAAUUUUAUCGUGACGUCUGCGCUCGACUUUGUGUCUUCCAUUUUACUUGACAAUGAGACCAAAGAUAUGACGAUCUCGCCGCGGACUCCCUCAUACCCUGAGUAUUCUAGGAUGCUAUCAGGCAUACCGUAUGCGUACGCAUACUGUGUUUUUCCUUGCACACUCCCGCUUCGUGAAUACGUUCAAUGCAUGCCGGAUCUAGCCAUAGUCUUAAACCACGUAAAUGAUAUAUUGUCACACUACAAAGAGGAGAUCCAAGGCGACACCGCAAACUACCUGACGCUCAUGGCAGCCUCUCGUGGUCUUACCAAGCAGAACGCUCUCCAGGAACUCAUCGAGAAAACUGUGCAAGCACAUCAAAAUAUCCUCGAAUUUCUGAAACCAUGUCCUGAGGCAUAUGACGCCUAUGUCGCAUUUUUCGAUGGGUUUAUCAAAGCCCAUACUACCGUAAAAAGGUACAAGCUGGAGGAGGUCAUGUCGGAAAGGUCAUCUUCUUAAUGGAUACCGUUCUUAUGGUACUUCUCGACAUUUUCUGUAUGUUGAUCACCUAUUCAAGUAGAGCGCUAGCUAUCACGUUUACAAUAUCUGCCAGGCGCCAUUAGAUUGCCUGUCCCUUAAGCUCUUGCUCCCUCCAGUUCCGAGCGGUUUGAUGAGAAUGUGUGCAUUUUUCCCAAC